UUUACGGCUGCGUUAUAUAAUCUUUCAAUCGAAGAGAAUGCUCGCGGUCGAGAGGUUUACGCCACAUCGAAUGAUCCCGUUCGAAUUGGUGUUCCGUUGCCGAGUACUGAUGCCAUUGUGAAGUUCAAAAUUGUUGAGGUAUUCAUCGAUCACAUGCUUUUAAUAGUCUUUAACAGUUUUUGA